UGACGGGCUUCCUCCGUCCCUGCAGUGCAGCGUCUGUCCGGCAGAUGUCAGCAGAGGACAGUCCGGAUCAGCCCAGUUUCGUGUUGGGAUCUAAGCAGCAGCUUCUGGAGGUUCUGUAUCUUUAAGGUCCCGGCUCAUAUUCGGUUGAAGGUUGCCACGCUGCGGCGCGUGCUCAGUGCGCUGCUCGGAUCCUGGUCCCGGACCUCCUCAGUCCUGUACCGCUCACUGUAUGUGACCGUGCUGUCUGAUGGUAACCUAUGCUCUGACGGAGGGGAGGCUAUUGUUGUCAGCCCCGUGGUUUGUUCUGCUGGAGCUACACUUUCACCGGAGAAUGCCAAAAAGAGCCGGAGCUGCGUUACUGCACGGAUAGCGCAGAAACCCGCCGGAGAAACACGAUAUUGACAUGAAGAAAGACAUUGAGACUCUAAUAGCAGAGGAACGGGCUGAUAUCAUCCUGAAAUAUGCUACGGGAAGGCAUGGUGGUGUGGAGAUCAACCCCUGGGAGGAUGCUGAUUAUAACAUCUAUAAAGCCAUUGACCGCUUCGGCUUCAUGCAUGAAGAUGAGCUGCCGGCCCCGACUGCACAGGAAGAGAAGCGGAAGCAGCUGGAGAUUGAGAGAGCAGAAAAAUGGCUGAAGAUGGUGAAGAAGUGGGAUAAAUACAAGAACAGUGACAGGAUGGUGAAACGGGUCUACAAAGGGAUUCCCCUGCAGCUCCGAGGCCGGGCCUGGGCGCUGAUGCUGGACGUAGAGCGGACCAAGAGGGAGAAUGAGGGCAAAUAUGAGAAAAUGAAGGAACAGGCCAGACUCUGCUCAUCAGAGAUCAAACAGAUCGACCUGGACAUCAACAGGACUUUCAGAAACCACGUCAUGUUCAUGGAUCGCUUUGGAGUCAAGCAGCAGUCUCUUUUCCACGUCCUCUCUGCAUAUUCGGUCUACAACACAGAAGUGAGCUACUGCCAGGGCAUGAGUCAGAUCGCUGCCCUGCUGCUCAUGUACAUGAACGAGGAAGACGCCUUCUGGGCCCUGUCACAGCUGCUGACCAAUCAGAAACACGGCAUGCACGGCUUCUUUGUGCCCGGGUUUCCCAAACUUCAUAGAUUCCAGGCACAUCAUGAUCAGAUAAUUUCCAAACUCAUCCCCAAGCUGAAGAAGCAUCUGGACAGAGAGCAGAUGUCUGCAGGGAUUUACUGCACCAAGUGGUUCAUGCAGUGUUUCAUUGACAGGACGCCGUUCACCCUGACCCUUCGCCUCUGGGACAUUUUCAUCCUGGAGGGAGAGAAGCUCCUCACCGCCAUGUCUUACACCAUCCUGAAGAUACACAAGAAGCAUCUCCUAAAGAUGUCCCUGGAAGAGCUGAGGGAGUUCCUGCAGGAGCAGAUCUCUCAGACUUUCUUCCACAGCGAUGACGUGAUCAUCGAGCAGCUGCAGGCCUCCAUGACUGAGCUACGAAAAAUGAAGCUGGACCUCCCUCCUCCCGGAAAGCCGGAGGAGCUGCCUCGAAAGCCACUGGGCCAAGAGCUGCCUGUGCUGCUGAGUCCAGUCCAGACCUCCAGAGGAAGAUUGUCCUCAGCCAGCAGCUUCUCUAGAGCCGGCCUGAGCCUCCACAUUAUCUCCCACCAGUCAGAUUCCAUAUCCCCAGACCAGAGCCCCUCCAAGGACCCUAGAGACCUUGACACAGAGGAAGCACAGGAGGCCCCACUACCUUCUCCAGAUCCCAUUAUCGUCCACAGCCACAUCCCGCUCACCCCUGAUGGUUCCCCACUGACGGGGCCUCCACCGUACCAGCCCCCAGGGAGCCCAGCAAUGCUCACAGCUGGCCAUCUAUCACUGCUGCCGGACCAGGAGACGGAUACAGUUCAGUCCGACACAGCUGAUGACUCCUCUGUAGCCUCUCACAUGGCUGACAGCACGGCCCAAUCCUCCUGCAAAGUCCCGCGGACUCUUUCAGCGCCCAUCACCCAGACAGCAGCGCUGGCUUUGGGGCUGGCUCAGUCUGAGAGUCUGUCAGCUUCAGAGGGGGCUGAGGACCGGUACCUGGUCCAGCUGCUGGAGCAGGCCUCGGCUCUGUCCAGCAGGAACCAGAACUGGACCGCAGGAUCGGAGGAAACUCCAGACGGUUCAUGAAAAUAGUUCCACAAUGCUCAUCAGUUUAUAUUUUAAGCUUCUGCGUUUUAAAAAGGCCAAGUUUCAGUUUCAGUCAUGUUUGCAGCAAUAACUGCUUAAAGAUUUGUUCUCACCUUCAGGACUAGUGCUGAUAUUGAUGAUUUUAGAGGUUACUGUCCAACUCUGAAAAUUUUUAUGCAAAACCCUUUUAGAACAUCAAGGGAACAUGUGUUAAUCUCACUGAGGAAACUUUUCCCUCCAGCAGAGCAGAAAAAGUCCACCUUUCCCACCUCAUUAGAGCUUAAAAACUUCAAGUAUGAUAUUUAAUGAUUCUGUCUUUUUUUAUUAUUAAUUUAUAUGAAAAAACAAGAUGAUGGAAACAUGCCAGUUAGCAAGAAGCCUUUGACGCUCAAAGAACAAAUGUGCUGUUAGAAUAAGAAAGCAGGAAACGAUAAAACCAGGUUUAACUGCUCUGAAUAUUCCACAUAUCCACCAAUCAGCCACAAUAUUAUGAUCACCCAGCUUAUAAAGAGCAGAUCCCCAUUUUUUCUGCCAUUCUAUCUUAAUCAGGCACAGACAUUUAGUUUUUGUCUAAGCAAACACAUCUCAAGAGUAAAUGAGUAAAGGUUUUUAACCCUUACCAAAACAUGGAAUUCAAGAAAUCUCUGAGGUUAUAAAGACAGUUGUUACCUCUACUCUAGAAAGUGUUCAUGUUCAGGCAGAAACCUGUCAGAGUAGUUGUAUAACAUCAUCUGCAGCACUGAGGGAGCAUCUUCAGGUAACCCUGAUGAUGUCAUAGUGAUGUCAUCAGAUAUAAAUGUCUGGAGUUAGGACAGGGAGGUUCUGUAACUUGUGUCUCCCGUUUUGUAAGCGUAACAA